AUGGACCUGUGCAGUUUGUACACGUCCACCCCCCACAGGGGAGGUAUGGAAGCUACUGCACAGGCUUUGGGCAGACUUGAGCUGGAUUCUAAAUUGAGUGAUUUUGUUUUACAGCUGCUGGAAUUGGUGCUAUCAUGCAAUUAUUUUACCUUUGGGAAUGACUCUUACGCCAACUUGUACAUGGCCAAGUUUGAGGAAGAAUUCGUCUAUCCACAUCCCUUAUUCAAAUCUGUGGCAGUUUGGUUUCGUUAUAUUGACGAUGUGUUCUUUCUUUGGAAUGGUUCAGAGGCUAAUCUUCUAUAUUUUAAAGCGGAUUUGAAUCGAAUUGUACCAAGCAUCAAGUUUACUUUGGAACACGAUGCCAGUAGCAUUCAUUUUUUGGAUGUUCAGGUAAAUAAAAUUGAUAAUGGAUUGUGCUUUGACCUUUUUCGAAAACCAACUCACAAAGUUGCAUUUCUGCAGGCUAACUCCUUUCAUGCAGCCAGUAUGAUUCGAAGCCUUCCUUUUAGCCAAUUGUUACGUGUACGACGGAUCGUAUCUCAGUAA